AUGAUUGACCAAUCUAUUUUUCAAAAUCUUCAAUCGAAGAUUGAUGAAGAGAGCGAAAUUCGCGAUCAACUUCAUGACAUUGUCCAAAGUCUUGCCCGACGUGGCCGGAAUACUCAAGCUGUCUUGUCGCGAGCGCAUUAUACCCCAGAGGGCAAAUUGACUCCUAUCUUGGAUGAUGCUCGAAAAGAAAUCGAAGCGCAGAAAGAAGAUGUGGCGAGAUUAGUCUCUGUUGCAACAACUCACCCGUUCUAUAAAUUCAAUCAUAUCUGGAGCCGUGAAUUGCAAAAUUUGGUCUUCUCCAUCGAGCUAUGCUCUUGGUUAGGUGGCCUGGAGGGUAUUAGCGACAAGCCUGGGUUUUUGACAAUCGAGGAAGUUGGUAAAUACCUAAACAUACCUGUGAAUUUAAAGGAUGAAGACGCGUUUCAUCUCACUAUCGAGGAGUAUUUGCUCGCUUUAAUCAGCCUUGUCGAGGAACUAACUCGUCUAGCCGUGAAUUCAGUCACACUAGGUGACUAUGCUCGUCCUUUACGAAUCAGCUCUUUUAUAUCGGAAAUCCACUCGGGAUUUCAGCUCCUAAACCUCAAGAACGACAUCCUUCGCAAGAGAAGUGACGGAAUUAAAUACAGUGUCAAGAAAGUAGAAGACGUUGUUUACGAUUUAUCCCUUCGAAACUUGAUACCAAAAAAUGUGGAUGCAGUCUAG